AUGGCGUCAGAAAUCGGAAACGAGACCUUACAGGAAGAGCAGAAGCAGCAGCAGCAACAACAACAGCAAGAGAAACAGGCGGAAAAGCAGGGACAGCUUCAAGAGGCCGAUCAGAAGAAGAGCGGUGGCAAUAACGAUCAAGUUCCAGGUGAUGAACAGACUGGUGAACUUAAAGAUCGGUCUCUCGCCGCUACCUUUACUUGCACUCAGGAACUUGGAAAUGGUUCUUCCACCGAAUCAAAGCCUAAGAAGCAUGGCGACAAGAAGCCGCAACACCGAACCCAGAACGCUUUCCCGCACAAACUCAAAUUAUCCGACUGCAAGUAUGACCCGUACAAGACAAGGACGAUCGUAACCCUGCGCAUCAGGACGCCACGGGAGCUCACCGAUGAAGAAGUUGCUGGCUGCCUGAGAGAACAAGAGUCACCGGAAAUUUUUGGUCCGCCUUCGCUGGAACCUUCUGAGAACGAGAGCUGA